AUGCAAUUUACAUUAUCGCUUUCGAAAAGCUAUUUCAAUAGACCAAUUAAGACCAAUUUGGCAAAGAAUGACCGAUUGCAAUUCAAGGAAUUUCUUCCGUUAAAAUCUACAAAUUAUAUAAUGAGCAAUUAUACAAAACCACGAGGUGAAACCUGUACGAAAGAGCUACAAGCCCUUUUCGAUUGCUUGAAAAAAUGGGAACAUGACAACUUACCUUGCGCAGACUUCAAUCGAGAUUAUAUGGAUUGCGUAACUAGGACUUAUAAAGCAAAUAAGGAACUUGCUGCGGCUGCAAAGAAGGGUAUACUUGACAGCGCAGCCGAUGGGAAGACCGUAUUGACCAAGCACCAGAUAAAUAAUUUGAUGGCGAAGUAUCCACAGCCUCAACUAGGUCAAUAUCCAUAUAAAGCUCUUAAACGGUUGCCAAAUCAGUCAUAUGCAGAUGACAUCUUCCAUAGGAAAAAAAAAUACGGAAAAGCCAAUUGA